AUGGCCGAGUCAAGUAUUCAAAAUAUGUGGGAGGAGGCCAGGGGACGGUUCUUAGCUCGCACGCAAAAUUCUCUCGAUUUUAAGCCGCCGAAAACCAUCGACGAUGUUCGUGAAAUGGUAGAACAUCGAUACGAUCCUACUUCUCCAGCCGAUUCAGACGACAAUCAUAAACGGGCCAAUGAGAUUGGCUUAACCAUCUUAUCAUGUUUAAAGUUACUAGGUGGAGUGGCGGCUCAAGGAGCUGAAAUGGUAUUUCAACCUGCUAGUAUCUGCUUCAACGCCGUGUCACUUUUGCUUGACGUCCCAAAAUCCGUCCAUGAGUUUCAUGGUACAAUCGACGCCGUCUUCGGUAUUGUUGGUCCCACUCUCAGUCAAUUCAAGAUAUAUGAGAGGAUAGAACUGUUUAGUUCUAUUGAUCCGGAACUGAAUACCGCAAUACACAAAGUCAUGAUCUCUUUUGUCGAUAUAUGUGCCUUGUCAAUAGUUCUUCGGAAAGGGAGCAGAUGGAGUCGCUUUAAAGCAGCGACAAAACAGGCCUUGCUAAAGGAUGACUCUGGUCUGAAGGAUGAGAUCGAACAGUUCGAGAAGCUUAUUCGAGGACAGCAGAAUGUUCAGGCGACCUUGACCCUGGAGGUUGCUCUAAGUGCCAAAGCUGAUCUUACUGCCAUCCUGGGUAAAGCCUGCGAGACGGGAAAGAAGAUUGAUGACAUCGCCAUUGGUAUUUUAGACUUGAAAGAAGUAGAGUCAAGGAGAAGCAUAGAGAGGACUAGGCAAGAGAAUCUCGCCAAGAUUCGAAGCAAGUUUGCCAUCGACGAGAAGACUAUCAAUGCUUCCAAAUAUGUUUGCAAGAAGAUAUGGCAACAGUGCGUAACAGGGAGUGGAAACUGGCUUCGCGAUUUAGAUGACUACAAGAAAUGGUUUGACAAGGCCGAUUCUGAAGCAAGCCCCUUACUGCUACUUACUGGAGAGGCGCACUCGGGCAAAUCGAGCGUGAUGUCGAUUAUAGCCCAGGAGCUCAAGGCCGCCCACGAAUCUGCAGGCCAGUCGAAUAUUCGAGCCAUGGUAGCUUAUUAUUUCUUUCCUCUUUUCUCUCGAAAAGCAGACGAAGACAAACGACCGGCAGCAACUGCAAUAAAGCACAUUGCAUCUCAGCUUGCAGAGCAAGACUCGGCAAUUGCAAAUACCAUGGCAACAUUUUGCGAUGAUAAGCACAGCGAAGCGUACUUUAGGGACACAAGCUGCAAAGACCUCUGGCGUGAACUUAAGAUUGGAGCACCUAAACAGGGUACUGUUUAUUUCAUCAUAGUCGAUGGCCUAGAUGGAUUGUUCGAAGGCCACGUUGAAGCUGCAAAUCACUUUCUCGACAUUUUGGAGACUCUUACAAGCCAAGUAUCAGCUAGCGCCGAUGGGGCUCGAGUUAGGGUGAUUGCGAGUGGAAGAAGCGACAAUUUCCAGAGGGCAUCGCUGCAACCGGCUCCAAAUAUUGAGAUUGAGAAAUACAAUGGCCCAGAUAUCACAUCCUAUAUCCACGAAGAGCUGAGAAAGUCAAGCCUUCUACAAGGGGAUGAAGAGGAACCCAAGAGACUGCGAACGAAAGUCCACGAUAGGCUAUUUACUGAGGCCAAAGGAAAUUUCCUCAAAGUUCAAACUGCUCUAGGCAAGAUCAAAGACUUGAUCAUGUCGGAUGGAUCAGAGGCCGAAAUGGAUAACAUUCUGAAUGAGAGUAACCAAGAUAAAAUGAAAAUCUCAGAAAACGUGGUCAGCGAGCUGGAAGCUUCCCUCAAACCGCAGUCUAUCGAAGAACUUAAUGAGCUCCUUAUAUGGAUUGUUUAUGGCGUUGAAUAUUUUGACACUGAUGCACUAGAAGCUGCACGGUUCCUCCGUUUUGGAACCGCAUCUCUACAGAAGCUAGAGGACAAGCUGAGAGGGAAAUAUUCUAAAUUGUUUUAUAUGCACUACAGUUAUUUCGCUCUUUCUCCGGCUAUUGAACCGCUUGUCAUCAAAGACAGAAAACGACCAAGGGUUGGCGAAGAUGCACCCAAAAUCUCACUCAACAUCACUGUAACUAAUGCGGACAUCACAACAGUACAAAACUUCCUCUGGUCUCUCUUCCAAAAGUCUAUGGUGGACAAGUUCGAAUUCGAACCUAUGUCCAACCAAAAGAGCCAUGUCACGAGGGAAAUCCAGGUCAACAUGUAUGAUGCUCACCUUGCUAUAGUGAAGCAGGCCCUACGUUAUCUUACAUCCUCACCGGAUGUCAGGACAAGGCCUAUAGGAGAUUACCUGGCAAGAAGACUCCCAUCUCACUUGGAUAAACUAAGCCAAGCAGAUGGCUACGAUGAGAUUCUUGCAUCUGACAAAAAAGAAAUUGGCGAUGGGCUCUUUUCUCUUUUCAUCUCUGGAGAGGUCAUAGAAAGGCACUGGGAGUCACUCAAGUCUAUUACUUGGUUUGGCAAAGAUAAGAAAGUUGAGAUUUUGCGAAAAUGGCUACAGGAUCCAGGCGCAAUUGGCCAUCUUGGGAGACUUGACAAAGAUUGGCUCAAAACUGUCAACGCCAGCCAGCGUCCGAAUCGAGAACUUCUCACUCUAUUGAUGAAGAAAAUUGCAUACCGUUGGCUACAAGACCGUACAUGGGAUACUAAUGAUUGCUUUGGCGCUUUGCGCCGCUUUUUGACGCUGAAUCCGCUAGAAGAAGAAUCAGGCAAAGAAAUUAGCGUCUUGGAAGAGUUGGAGAGAGCCGAGAAAUGGUGCAAAGAUACUUUAUUGCCAACAAGCCUCGAUUCUCUUUGGUAUCAGAGAAUGGGAGAGACUGCCAAAGCGCAAUCUGAAUACAACUUGGCGAUCUCAAAAUUUACACGCGCUAUCGAGUUAGAAAACCCAAGCCUUGGCUGUUUCAAAGGUCUAGCUGAUUCAUACUACGAAAACGAUGAGCUUCUCUCCGCGUGCUCCUCCAUGGAAAAGGCGCUUAAUUUGGUCAAAGAAGCCGAGUCGCCGGAUAACGAAGAAAUGACACGCAUUUAUCUACGCCUUGCGAAUUGGUAUACUCAACUACAACAGCCCGAGGGAGCUAUAUCACAUUAUGAACAUGCUUUGGAAACCUGCCCAGAUAACCAAGAUGCUCUCAGUGGGAUAUUGAACAUUCGAAUUGACUCUGGUCCUGAGGAAAAGACCCACGAGCUUAUAAUUGCCAUGAACGAGUCUAACUCUAAACAACCAGGCCUCUCUCGGCUCGCUUCAACGCUACUCAGCCAAGCAGAGAGUUACAGCUACCAAAGUCCGCUGCGCAGUCUGAUUUUCGUAUGCAGCUUAAGACAGGACUGCAUGGCGGUCUUGCUAGAAGCCAUGGAUCAAGCCAUCAACGCAGCCCGAGAGCAAGAGCAAGAAUUCAAACUCCAGGUACUUCUGCUACACCGCGGUGUGGCUGCUAUCCAUAACGGUGGCCAGAAUGAUGAGGCUUUAUCGCAAGCCAUAUCUCUCUGGACCGAUUGUUACAACAUCACGGAUCAAUUUUACAGAAGGGCUUACGACGAUGGCGUGCGAGGGAACUCAGCCACCUCCUUCCACUACACUAUUAUCCAUCAACUAAGCCUUCAUUAUUUUGAGCAGUCUAUAAAGCUACAGAGCUCUCCAGAGACUCUUUCUAAGUUGAUUGAACUAAGCCAGAGUUUCCGCUUUCGCGGAAUACUUGGGAUAACUGCAGCCGACACGAACCUUGCCAUGUACUAUGCUCUUCGUGGUGAUCGAGCGGCGGCUAAAGAGCAACUGAGGCAGUACGUGCGGAUUUCAGUCGAAAACUUGUCUGACGAAACUGACGAGAACGACUAUUGGGCCGCUUAUACUUUAUCCAAAUGCUUGCUGGCCAGCGGAGACGAUCUAAACGCAUUGACGGCUUGGUCCCUACUUGAGCCUAUUGAGACGGACGUUGUAACUAAAGCAUUUAUGCUCGAAGGAGGGCCUCAGCAACCGCUAAUUGAUGAGCUCACUGAGUUUGUAAAAGCUAAAUGCCCACUUGGAGCCACGCAGAUUGAGAGAAUCAAGGCUGUUCAAGAAGAACUGGAGGCACGGAUGGCCUCUAGUCAAGAGGAGGAUGAAUCAGAAAAUUCAGAGAAGAAGGAAGAUAUUCAAAAGGCACUAAAUGUUCUGCAGUCGGCUCUCACACUAAAGGAAAACUCAGCUAAUGGUGUUGCUGAAGAGGCUCCCAUCACACCCUUGGACAGUAACGAUAUCGCAAAGUAUUUUCCGUUCACCUGCGACGGCACAUGUGGCGCAGCGUGGGGUUUCGAUCGCGCAUUAAAUACGUGCAAAUAUUGCUGGGAUCUGGGAUUUUGCGACGACUGCCUGUCGUUAUUGAAGGCUAGUAGACUGAAAAAGAUUGUAUGCAGUUCCGACCAUGAAUGGUUGGCGAUCCCAAAGUACAGUCCGAGAGGAAACAUGGCAGCACGAGAGGGCACGGUCCAAGUACGCGGAGAGUUGGUCAAGGGUGUUCGUGUGGGAGGUGAGCUUGUAACAGUCAAAGAAUGGAUAGGAUUGUUGAAGGAAGACUGGGCAUUGUGA